UCAAUUCCAAUGGUGCAAAAUGCAAAAUCCAACCCCCAACAGACUUUAUCAGAGUUGACUUGUAGGUUUGGCUAUCCCUUUGCCCUUUGCUUCCAAACUUGUAGGUUCAAAAUUCUGCAAUAUCAUUCAACACGUUUACAUCUCAUCACGCACACCACAACCCAAUAAUAAACCUCGGAACCUCUUCCGAGGUUUCUUGUUCUCACUGUAACAUUCUAUGACUCUGUCCCAUUAUUCAAAGUUUCUUCUUUUGAGCCCUGGGUUCUUUGAUCCAUAACCCCCCCUGAAUUUUGGAACUGGGUGUCUUUCAUUUUCUUCUUUCCUUCAUUUUAUUCUAGUGGAUCCUUUGCCCAGUGCAAAAUUUGUGAUCUUGAUCAAUGAUCACCUUUGAGUCACAAUUUUGAUGUUUCUUUUUUUUUUUUUUUGAGUCCCUGUGCAUGUACACCUGUUGAUUCUCCAUAGUGUGUAAUAAUUUCUACAAUCCCCUUGUGAUGUGCACCUGUUGUUCUAGAAGGUUCAACUGUUCUAGCUAGGAAGUUAAAAGUUUUGUUUAUUGCCUCUAGUUUUUUUUGUUGGUCACUGUUGUUGUGGUUAUGGUUAUGGCAGUUGGUUAAUUGUGUGUAUUUGCAGUUAUCUAUCCAAUUGUAGAUCUGCUGCUACACUAAGUCAACUCUAGAUCCAUGAUUUUUUAGAAUCUGUAAUCUAUAUUCUGUUUGUUGUAGAAGAAAGAGAAUAAAAUUGUACCCUUUUGAGUUUACACUUCAAUUUCCAUUUUUUUGUGUUUAUAUUUGUUACUUCAUAAGAAAGCCAUUGAGUUGGAGAGGAAACUUGUGCAAAACUUGGAUUGGUUUGCAGCCAAUACAGCUUAGCAUGCAUAAGCUGUAGGCACAAUGUCAAUCCUGUGUGGUCUUCCUCUUGUUGAGUGUGUGUACUGUCUGGCUUGUGCACGUUGGGCUUGGAAAAGAUGUCUUCACACUGCAGGCCAUGACAGUGAGAAUUGGGGCUUUGCCACAGCGGAAGAAUUUGAGCCUAUACCUCGCCUUUGUCGCUAUAUUUUAGCUGUGUACGAAGAUGAUCUUCGCCAACCCCUUUGGGCACCCCCUGGUGGCUAUGGAAUUAGCCCUGAUUGGUUACUACACAAAAGGACAUAUGAAGAUACCCGUGGCAGGGCGCCACCCUAUAUACUUUAUCUUGAUCAUGAGCACUCCGACAUAGUUCUUGCCAUCAGGGGUCUAAAUUUGGCAAAGGAAAGUGACUAUGCAGUUCUGUUGGACAAUAGAUUAGGGAAGAAGAAGUUUGAUGGAGGGUAUGUUCACAAUGGGUUGUUGAAGGCUGCUGGGUGGGUUUUGGAUGCAGAAUGUGAAGUUUUGAGGGAGUUGGUGGAGAAGCAUCCAAAUUAUACUCUUACUUUUGUUGGACAUUCCCUUGGAUCUGGUGUAGCAGCUAUGCUGACGAUGGUGGUGGUGAAAAAUCGACAUAGAUUGGGAAAUAUUGAGAGGAAGAGGGUCAGGUGCUAUGCAAUUGCACCUGCUAGGUGCAUGUCACUGAAUUUGGCAGUCAGAUAUGCAGAUGUCAUCAACUCUGUUGUGUUGCAGGAUGACUUCUUACCAAGGACGGCCACUCCAUUGGAAGAUAUAUUCAAGUCUCUUUUCUGUUUGCCAUGCAUAUUGUGCUUGAGGUGCAUGAGGGAUACAUGUAUACCAGAGGAGAAGAUGCUCAAAGAUCCAAGGAGACUCUAUGCACCUGGUCGUCUUUAUCACAUUGUGGAGAGGAAGCCUUUUAGAAUGGGAAGGUUUCCCCCAGUUGUGAGAACAGCUGUGCCGGUCGAUGGAAGGUUUGAGCAUAUAGUCCUUUCUUGCAAUGCCACGUCCGAUCAUGCCAUCAUUUGGAUAGAGAAAGAAGCCCAAAGGGCUCUGGAUUUGAUGCUGGAGAAAGAUGAACCCAUGGAAAUCCCUGCGAAGCAAAAGAUGGUGCGCCAAGAAACGCUAACCAGACACAAUGUGGAGUACAAAGCAGCAUUACAAAGGGCCAAAACAUUAGAUGUUCCACAUGCUUAUACACCACCAUCAGAGUAUGGCACUUUUGAUGAGGAGGGAGAGACAAGAUCACAGGGUGAGUCUUCUCAUAAAAGUUCAGUGGAUGAAAGCUGGGAUGCUUUGAUUGAGCGUCAUUUGGAUAAGGAUGAGCACGGCCACACCCUGCUGAAGAAAGAUUCAUUAAAUAAGUCGUUUUAACAGACUUAAGGUUGUAUAUUGUGAAAAGCAAAAUUCGUUUAUUCUUAUUGUAUCUCUAUUUGUAACUCAGAUGGAACUUGAAACGAAGAAUGAUAAUUUUGUUAUAAGUUGAUGGGAAUCAAGGUUCAUGUAAAUACUCACAUUUAAAAUUGAGAUUGUCAAAGUUAGUUCA